GUAAACGAGACGAAUGAUUACGGCGACACUCCGCUUCAUCUCGCUGUCCAAUUCGAUCACUCGGAUAUCGUCAAGCUUCUAGUCAAGAAUGGUGCAGAUCCAACCAUUGAGAACGAGCGGAGUGUGACAGCAUUGAAAUUG